UUUGUUUUGAAAGGCAAAAGUCGACGCGAACCAACCACCCCGACGUCCAAUUCAUACCGCGACAUUCGGGACAAUGCUGUGCGCAAUCUCUGGAGAAGCUCCCCAGGAGCCCGUCGCCUCGAAGAAGUCGGGCACCAUUUUCGAGAAGCGCUUAAUCGAGAAGUACAUCGAGGAAAACGGAACCGAGCCCGUGACUGGAGAAGCUCUUACGAACGAUGACCUGCUUCCCCUGACCCAAUCGCAUAUUGUUCGACCUAGACCCCCGACGCUCACCUCGAUUCCGGCCCUGCUUGCGACUUUCCAAAACGAGUGGGAUGCUCUAGCUCUCGAGACAUUCAACCUCAAGGAGCAGCUUGCGAGGACACGGGAGGAGCUCGCGACAGCCCUGUACCAGCAUGAUGCCGCCGUCAGAGUCAUUGCGCGCUUGUCGAAGGAGCGAGACGAAGCCAGAGAGGCGCUUUCCAAGGUCAGCGUCACCGCUGGAGCUACAAAUGGAGACGCGAUGACCAUCGACUCGGCCGAGGGGCUUCCUGAGGAGUGGAUUCACAAGGUCAACGCGAAGCACCAAGAACUCUCCAAGGGCCGCAAGAAGCGCCCAGUUCCCGAAGGCUGGGCCACCUCCGAAGACGUUGCCUCGCUGGUCACUGUUGCUUCGACACCAGCACCGGUCUCCAACGCCUCCUCGCUCGCGCUUCAGGGAAGUUAUGCGGCAGUUGGCGGCCGGGGCGGCGACGCUGCGAUAUACUCGGUCGAGGCGGACUCAGUCGAGCGUCAAGUCGCUGUCAAUGAGCCGGUUAUCGACUCUGUGUGGACGGACAACAAGCUGAUCUUUGCCACGAGCAAGGGAUCAGUCAAGGUCUUUGAGGGCGGCAGCGAAGUUGCAUCACUUUCCGAGCACGCGGGACCUGUGACGUCCCUGAGCGUCCACCCUACUGGUGACCUUCUCGCGUCCGUCGGUUCAGAUAAGAGCAUCGUAUUCUACGACCUCCACGCCCUGAAGAGGAUCAGCCGCACGUAUGCCGAUACAGCUCUGACAUCCUCGGCAUUCCACCCCGACGGCCAUCUCUUCGCGGCGGGCACUGUCACGGGUGACAUCAGUCUGUUCAUGACGACGAGCUUGGAGGUUGCAGCUGUUUUCAGCCUUGGCGCACCCGUCGAGGCUCUGACGUUCUCAGAAAAUGGAUUCUGGCUUGCGGCAACGGCCAAGGGUCAGAGCUCAGUUACGAUCUUCGAUCUGCGCAAGGAGGGAGAUGCUGCCAGAGUCAAGACACUCGAGACCGGCGGGCCAGUCCAGUCCUUGGCCUGGGAUUAUACCGGACAGUAUCUCGCCACUGCGGGUGCUGGCGGCAUCACAGUGCAGCAGUACAUCAAGAGCUCAAAGUCGUGGUCGGAACCUCUGAGAACGUCGGUUGCGGCGUUGUCGGUCAAGUGGGGUGCUGAUGCCAAGCAGCUGAUUUCUGUCAACGAGGAGGGUGUUGUUUCUGUGUUUGGAGUCAAACAGGAGUAAGCAGGUCAGGGUCUGCUUGGUCUGUCAUUGUAUGAUACAUAAACGGGGCGAA